ACUUCAGUGAAACUUUCCCCAAUUUCCGACCAAAACAAAAAACAAAAAUGGCAGCUCUAAACCCCUGUGUUCUCCCCAAACCCCUAACAGUCAGCACCAAAACCCUAGUUCUAUCACCUCCUUCCGCCGCGAUCCUAUCGUUCCCGCCGUGCACUCGUCCGCACCCAAUUAAAUCGAGAACCGCCGCUUUUACGGCUGUGAGAGCCUUGACCGAUGGGCAGUACUCGUCGAAGAGAAGCGGCGGCGGCGGCGGCGGAGAGGAUAGGGAGACGAUAAUGCUACCCGGCUGUGACUACAACCACUGGCUAAUUGUUAUGGAGUUUCCUAAAGACCCUGCCCCAAGUAGAGAGCAGAUGAUUGACACUUAUAUCGACACCCUUGCCACUGUUCUUGGCAGCAUUGACGAAGCGAAGAAGAACAUGUAUGCAUUUAGUACCACCACAUACACGGGGUUCCAAUGCACUGUAUCCGAAGAAACAUCGGAGAAAUUCAAGGGCUUACCUGGCGUUUUGUGGGUCUUGCCCGAUUCGUACAUAGACGUUAAGAACAAGGAUUAUGGAGGAGAUAAAUACAUUAACGGAGAGAUAAUCCCGUGCCAGUACCCUACUUAUCAGCCAAAUCAAUCAAGAAACACGAAAUACAAGAGCAAAGCUUACGUAAGACAAAGAGAUGGAGCCCCUGCUUCUGCUUCUGCUUCUGCUCCUGAUCGAAGAAAACCGAGACAAGAAUCUGCCUCUCAGUGAACAUUUGACAGUGCAGAUCAUAUAUCGGUUUCAAGUUGAAUUACUAAGAGGGAAAUGGUUGGAAAUUUUGUAAUGGGAGAUUGAUUAAAGGUUAGUCGAAUUUUUAUGUAGAUCAUGUAAUCUUGAAAUGGUUGUGAAAUCAUGGUUCAAUAAUUACACAUCUUUAUUCUUUA